AUGAUAAAUAGAUAGUUAUGUCUGGACAACAGGCAGGUCUGGCGCCUGCCCAUGCAGUAGGUCUGGCACCCGUGAGCUUCACUCACGGAUGCAGAAUCGCUGAGUCUGCGUAGAGUUCCCAGAACAGGCCACCUGCACAUACCGUGCGUGGGAACGCAAGCCGAGCGGCCAGUCCACACAUCGACUCGCUAGUAAUAAGUCUAGUACUAAGUUAAUAUUAAGCUUCAAUUGUGGAAGCACUAUUUUUUAUUAAAGCCUCUAUAGAAGAAAGCUCUUUAAUUAACAUCACGCUCCUCCAAAUUUGACUGGCGCAGCCGGUGCAGAUUUUCGUAAACGCCGUGCAGGGUCCCAAAAUCGACGCUUGCGCGAGGCCGGCGAAAGUCUGACGAACCAAAAAAAAUACGUCAAAGAAGAGAGAAGACUAGAAACCUGCUUAACGGGGAGGAUGACGGCGUAUAAGGGGUUCGCCCUUCUGCUCAUUCAAGCCAUCACGAUCCAGGGCCUAAUCCAGAGGAUCGAGCAUAACCCCGGUAUUCUACCUGUAAAAGAAGGUCAAGCGUAUAUUACAUAUGACAAUUGGUCAUAUAUUAAGAUUUUAGAUUUAGGUUUACUGAAGGAAGAUUUAGAUUAUAAUGUUAGGAUGUAUGAGCACUUGAAUAUAAAUUUAUUAAAAUACUUUGGUAAUGAAACACACUUUAGUGAUAUAAGUAAUGUUAAAACGCAAACUGAUCAUUUUUUGAAUAUUACUGUAGAAAAAUGUAGACAGCUAAUUCCAAUAAGUAGAACUAAACGCGGCAUUCUAAAUCCAUUAGGUUCACUAAUCAAAAUUAUUACUGGGAAUUUAGAUAAUAGCGAUGCUAUGAGGUAUGAUGAGUUAAUAACUACUUUUAAAACGCGACAGGAAAAGUUAUCAAGAAAAAUGACUAUAGUUUCUGAGAUGGUAGAGUCCUUCGUAAAUAUGACGGGAAUUUCAAAGAAUAAUUUAAUACAGCUAGAUAAAGAAAUUUCUGACAUUAAACUAUGGAUUGAUAAUACAAAACGAGUUUCAAGCAGUACUAGAUUAAUUCAUACUUUUCACUUAUUCUUGCAUAACUUUCAAACGAUCUAUAUUAAAAUAGACGAAAUUGAAACGGCUAUAGCAUUUAGUAAGUUGAAAACCUUACACCAGUCAGUAAUCAAUACAGACGAAUUAUAUAAUUUGUUAUCUGAUAUUGCAAAAACUGACCAGCUUGUAUAUCCUGUAAAUUUAGAGAACCUCUUAAAAAUUGAGCAAUCUAUUGAACUAAAAGCAUAUUCAAAGAACAAUCAGGUAACGUUUAUUUUAGAUAUUCCUCUUGUAAAAAAAUACUUAUUUAACUAUUUUCGAAUGAUACCUCUACCUGUCACCAAUCCAUUUAACCAAACCUCUCUUAUAAUACCCAAAGCUCCUUACCUAUUAGUGAAAGGUUCGAAAACCGUACCGCUCAGCAAACCCUGCAAAGAAAUUGAGAAAUUCGCAUUCUUAUGCCACGAUAUAGACACGGAAUCUGUAAUAAAAGAUACCUGCCUAGAAGAUCUGAUGUUACUUUCACAAAAUACCAGCUCGUGUGAUCCAGUCCUGGUGGAGACAUCUGGAGUAAAAGUAGAAUCAAUUCAAUAUAACCAAUGGAUUAUAUAUAGCAAAUUCGAAACACUUCUCCUGAAAAUCUGUAGUACGGAAGAAACCCGUGAACGCAUAAAAGGGACCUACAUACUUACCAUAGAUGAAAACUGCAGUUUUAAAAUAAAUGGAUUGACACUGAAAAGACAUGAAACAGUAGGCAGACCGGUGAACUAUUCAAGAAUCCCAACUAUGCACUUUCCUACAAUACUUAAAGCAGAUGAACUACCUAAAAGGAAACUUAUGAAUCUGGAUGGCGUUAAUCUUCAACAUCUCCAGCAAUUAGCUUACCGUCUAGAACAAAGUGACAGUGAAGUGUUUGCCCAAAGUGAAACGUCAUAUAGCGGUAUAAACGUAAAAAGUAUUAGUGUCGGAACACUCCUUUUGUAUGUUAUUUUAGCAAUAUGCUUAUGUAUCAUGUUACUUUAUAAGUUCCCCCCUUUACGUCUUUUUCGUCAAAUUCCGCACUCCGCUGAAUUUGAACUAAAGGAGGGAGGAGUUAUGUCUGGACAACAGGCAGGUCUGGCGCCUGCCCAUGCAGUAGGUCUGGCACCCGUGAGCUUCACUCGCGGAUGCAGAAUCGCUGAGUCUGCGUAGAGUUCCCAGAACAGGCCACCUGCACAUACCGUGCGUGGGAACGCAAGCCGAGCGGCCAGUCCACACAUCGACUCGCUAGUAAUAAGUCUAGUACUAAGUUAAUAUUAAGCUUCAAUUGUGGAAGCACUAUUUUUUUAUUAAAGCCUCUAUAGAAGAAA